GGGCCUAUGCUGAAGUCGCUGCUGCUGGGGUGGGGAGUUUAAAAGAAGCAGCAGCAAUCAGCAAGCAAGAAGAGGCACGCGCGCGCGAUGCGAGAGCAAAGCAAAAUCAGCAGCAAACUACAGUAGUAGUACAGUAAUUAACAAGCAGAGGAGGCAGUAGGCAUGGCGUCUGUGGUGUUGAAGGAUCUGAACAAGCGGCUGCUGGGCCUCUCCUGCUCCUCCGCCGCCUCCACCUCCAUCGUCCUCUCCGGCCACUCGCCGCCGCACCUCCGAGACCCAGCUCGCACCAGCAACAGCAGCAAGAAGAAGAAGACGAAGGCGAACAAGAGCAAGCAGCAGCUGGUUAGCCCUGCAAGCUCGUCCAGGUUCCUUCUCAACUCCUCCCGGAUGCAACCCAGCGCGGAUGAGUUGCCGCCGCCCUUCGUCAUCCCGGUUGCUGUCGCGGCUGCGGCGGAGGAGAAUGAGAUCGUAGCUGCUGCAGUGGAAGGAGGAGGAGGAGAAGAGGAAAAGAGAGAGUCAUCGUCGCAGGUGGAGGUGGUGGUCCUGCGGGUGUCCCUGCACUGCAAGGGAUGCGCGGGGAAGGUGAAGAAGCACAUCUCCAAGAUGGAGGGCGUCACCUCCUUGGACAUCGACAUCGCCACCAAGAAGGUCACCGUCGUCGGCCACGUCACGCCGCUGUCCGUGCUCACUGCCGUCUCCAAGAUCAAGCCCGCACAGUUCUGGCCCAUCUCCUCCUCCUCAUCGCCCAUGCCUCCACGCGCUUCCGCUUCCUUCUGAUUUCUCAUCCACCCUGCUUACUGCUUGCUUCACCCUUAAUUUUAGAUUAUUAUGUGCACUAGUAUCUGUAAGUACUACUGUAUACGGAAAUUUAUAAAAGCCAUUUUUUUUCAUGAAA